AUGACCGGGUUCCGAGUUCUCUUUUGUCAUGGUGUUGGAGCGGUGAGAAAUAACCCGCUGGCUGUAAAUGUGGGGAAUUGGGCCAAACGGAAUGGAUUUGUGUUCGAAAAGUAGGUUGAGGAAAUCGUUUUGUAUUUUUUUAUUUUUGAAAUUUUAUAGAAAAAUGUAACGUUAUAUACGAAUUAUUUAUAACAUAAAAUCUUUUAUUGGAUACUGUUUUUGACACUCCAAAAAAAUUUUUUCAUUUGAAAAUCGCAUUUUUUUUUGAUUUUUUGGACUGCACUGUGCAAUGAUAAUUUAUAUUGAUCUUAUGUAAAAAUUGAAGCUCAAUUAUCAAUUUUAUUGCCCUUAGACAUUUUUUUGAUUGACAUAGUAAUCUUUGACUCAGCUACGGUAAACUUUCCACCGAUUUUUUCUUCGAAAAAUUAAGAUUUUCUAAUUUUUGCACUGUGCAUUCAUCAUUUUAGUAAAAACUUCAGACUCUUGAAAAUUUCAAAAAAACAAUUGCUUAUAACUUUGUAUACAUGUCAUAAAAACGUUUUUUUAGCAUCUACUAUGCCAACUACGGGAAUCCUGCCCAUCCCUGGCAUAUAAAUGAUUGGCGUCGUGACAUCCGCCAACGCCUUCAUCCCAGCUCCCCAGCAUUGCUGGUAACCAACUCUGCGGGCACUCAAGCAGCCCUCAGGGCCUCAUUUGAUGUCCCGGAAAGUUCAAUUGUUGGAUUGGCGGCUUUUGCUCCCGCCGUUUUAGUUACUUUGGACUACAUGGAUAAGGUUAGACCUGGGACAAUUCAGCGGUUGCGCGACGGAAAAGAAGCGUUUCAUCCCGCCGCUGACAAGGAGCUGAAAAUCAGAGUCAGUCUCGGGAAUUUGGAAGACUUUGUUGAGGUAAAUAUAUUGUAAAAUACGAGUAUCUGUUAUAAAUUCUCAAUUUUUUAUCUUAAAAAAUUUAUUUUAGAACUGUGUGUGCCGAAAGCACGUCACAAUCCCGGUCCAACAGCCAGUCCGGAUUGUUCAUGGUGUCCGUGAUCCCUUGGUGUCGUACAAGGGUAGUAUUGAGUUGCUAAAAAAGUUGGAAUCCGAGGAGAAAAGUCUGGAACUCAUAAAUUGCGGGCAUUUUAUAAAUGUAAGUAAUUUUGGAACCUAAAACAUUCAAAAUGCUUGUUCUAGGACUCAGAGAUUGUCCAUAAGACCCUCGACAACUUGAUGGAAGCAGUUGAGCGAAAAAAAUCAACCGAUGAAACCGUUGAGGAACCCAAAAAACAAGUUAUGGCUGUCUAA